AUGGUUGCCGUUUCAAAUUUACUCAACAGUGGGUUGUUGUUGGUUAGUCAAAACAUCUACCAAGAUGUUGCUACACCUCAGGAAAUGAAGGUUGAUGGGUACAACAUCUUGAACUUCCUUGGAGGACUGGGUCCUUACAUCAGCAGGGAAUCGUAUGGUAUUGACCCUUCUAUCCCAGAUGGGUGUACCAUUCAACAAGUACAAUUAUUAUCAAGACACGGUGAGAGAUUUCCUUCAAAGAAUGUGGGGAAAACUUUGGAAAAGAUUUACAAGAAAUUUCAAGACUACAAUGGCACAUUCACUGGGGACUUGUCAUUUUUGAAUGACUAUGAGUACUUUGUCCCUGAUACCACUCAAUACGAAAAGGAGACAUCUCCAAAGAACUCUGAAGGAACAUUUGCUGGUACUUCCGAUGCUUUAAGACACGGGGCUACUUUUAGAGCCAAAUACGGAUCAUUGUAUAACGUCAACUCCACUUUGCCAGUCUUUUCGUCCAACUCAGGUCGUUGUUAUGAGACCUCGAGAUACUUUGCGAGAGGUUUCCUUGGUGAUGACUUCCAAGAGGGCAAGACUGUCAAGUUCAACAUUAUUGAUGAAGCAGCAACUUCUGGAGUCAACAGUUUGACUCCAAGAAACUCAUGCCCCAACUACAACGAUUCAUCCAAUGAUGCCACCGUUGCCAAAUACAACACCAGCUACUUGCAACCUAUUGCUGACAGAUUGAACAAGCCAAACCCGGGGUUGAACUUGACUGCAAAGGAUGUCAGCUCGUUUGUCAGCUGGUGUGCUUUUGAAAUCAAUGUUCGUGGUAGCUCACCAUUCUGUGACUUGUUCACAAAUGAAGAGUACAUCAAAGCUUCAUAUGCCAACGACUUGUCAAACUACUACUCCAAUGGCCCAGGCAACAAUUUCACAAAGACUAUCGGAUCUACAUUGUUGAACGCAUCUUUGUCUUUGUUGAAAGAUGACUCAGCCAACAACAAGAUUUGGUUGUCGUUUACUCACGACACUGAUUUGGAAAUUUACCACAGUGCUUUGGGAAUAUUGGAACCUUCUGAGGAUCUCCCAACCGAUUAUAUUCCAUUUCCGAAUCCAUAUAUUCACUCAUCAAUUGUUCCUCAAGGUGCAAGAAUCUACACUGAAAAGUACCAAUGUGGUGGUGAUUCAUAUGUUAGAUACCUUGUCAAUGAUGCUGUUGUUCCUAUUGAAAAGUGUGCCACAGGACCUGGUUUCUCGUGUAAACUCGAUGACUUUGAAAAUUAUCUCAAUGAAAGGAUCGGUGGUGUCAAUUUUGUUCAAGAAUGUGGUAUCAAUUCAUCAGUUCCUCAAAAAGUCACCUUUUAUGAAGAUUACAAAAACACGCUCUACAAUGCCACUAUUGGCGACUUUUAA